AUGGCAGAAUGGAAAACCAAACAGGCAGAUCACAACCACAGAUCUUUUCCUGGAUUUUUUAAAAAUACUGGAAAAAAUAAAAGACAUCUUGCCAGAAGUCACAGGCCAAUUGUACCAGCAAAAGCACAGAAAACCUUUGAUGUUUCUGUGUCUUUGCUGGGCUCUAAAUCCGAUACGACCCCUUCUAUAUCUGAAGAGCUGGAGCUCAUGCAAGCAGGGCUAGGAAAGAGGACCCUGUCCUUAACAUGGGAUACUACGCAUGCAGAGUUAUCAAGUUUACUGCAGGAAGCAUACUCAAAGAUGAGUGAUUUGGAAGACAGGUGGCUUCUUUUCAAAGCUGCAGGUGGGAACGGAAGGAGAAGAAUAUCUGUAAUACCUUUGGAGGCAGAGGGGUAUAAAGGAUCAGUGAUCAAAAGUGCUUCUGGUGGUGGGAAGAACUUGCUGUACAUCGUGCCAUUGCAAGAUGAGCUUGACAUGACACCGCUGCCACCAGAUGCUCCUGAAUUUGCCAGAAUGCCAAAGGCCACAUGUAAAAAAUGCAAGACUCUGAUGCCACUCCAGACACUGGCUUUGCAUUCUGACCAGUGUGACAGCGUGCAAAACUCAGAAAACUCUGAAAUUGAGGAAGAUGAUUUGUUUUUGAUAGAAGAGGCAACAUCUUCAAGGCCAAGCUGUAGUCUUGAAGGAACAUCAUCCAUUGUUGAACAUCAGGAGGCACUUGAAGCCCAGUGCCCAAUAUGUACCAAAACAUUUCCGGUGUCAGAAUUAGAACUGCAUGCCAGCUUUUGUGGAGAAAGUCUAGAUGGAGUUCCAGAAAAACUACCGUGCUCUGAUUUGGAUCAUAUCUCAUGGUAACCUGUUAUAUGUGAAAUAUUGUUACCAUAACUGUUUUCUAUUUGAAUAUAUGUUACAUUGUAAUUGUAAACUUUAAAAAAAAAAAAAAAACAUUUCAGGAUUCUUUGAUGAAUAGAAAAAGCAUUUAUCAGAAGUACAAAUCAUUUAACAUUAUAAAUGUCUUUAUUGUCACUUUUGAUCAAUUCAAUGCAUCCUUGCUGAAUGGAAGUAUUAAUUUCUUUCUAAAAAAAACUUACUGACCCCAAACUUUAGAACAGUAGUGUAUAUUGUUACAAAAUCUUUCAAUUUCAGAUAAAUGCUUUUCUUUUAACCUUUCUAUUGAUCAAAGUAUCCUGAGAAAAAAAAAAUAAAUUGCACACACCUGUUGUCAACAUUGAUGAUAAUCAGAAAUGUUUCUUGAGCAAAAAAACAGCAUAGUGCUAUAUUGUGACACUGAAGACUGGAGUAAUGAUGCUGAAAAUUUAGUUUUAUUGUUUUUAGCUUCAUACACGUACGUGUGUGUGUGUGUGUGUGUGUAUAAAAGUUUUGUUUUUACAGUGAGGAGGAUGUGAUUCGUCAUGCAGCAGCACAGAUAAACAUUUUUAAAAUAUUCGAAGUUUGUGUAUCACGAGAUAACAUUCUAGAGAGAGGCCUGAAGCUGUGGAAACGGCAAAAAACAGGAAGCCCAGUCAAUCCUUUGAAAAUCACCUUUCUUGGAGAGCCAGGAGUUGACACAGGGGCACUGAGGAAAGAAUUUCUGUCCAAUUGAAGAUGCAUCUGACCUGUCCAACUACACAAAAGAAAUCCUGGACUGUGGCUACACUGGACCAGUCAAUGUUGACCACAAGGAAAGCAUAUUAAGAGCUCUUGCUCUACAUAUUACAACAAAACGCAUCCCAAUGCUGCAACAACUGCGCGAGGGCCUUGAGAUAUAUGAUCUUAUUAAAGUCAUGCAGAGAAAGCCACAUGAGUGUCACGAUCUCUUCGUCAUAGGAUAUGAUGACAAAGUUGAUGCCCAUUACAUUUUAUCCCACCUGGCCCCAGAGAUGAGCCCAAGUGGUUCGAUUAAACAAGUGAAAGAGUCAAAAAUCAUGGAAUUCUUUCAAGAUUUCCUACUUGAGCUUGAAGACACACAACCAGAAGAUGGGGCAGCAGGAGAAACCUUGUCUGUACCGAAGAUAAUGCAGUGGAUGACUGGGCAAGCUCACAGGCAUCUGCUUGUAUCAGAAAGGGAGAAAUUUAAGAUAGUUAUUAAAUUUGAGCACUGCUG